GCCUCAUGUACCGGAGCUCCUAAGCUGCGGAUCCGGUAGAAAGUGCGUCGAAGCUCUUAGCCCCAUGCCCUGCCAUGCCAUCCUGGCCCAAGCUCCCACAACCCCGGUCAGUCUCCACAUGGAGAUCUAGCCUCAUAUAUAUUUCAGCGUAACGGGAUAAAGAAAAGGCUACGCGAAGCAAGCCAUCCCGAGUAGUCCUCCCUGCGCAUUCCCUAGACCAUGUACUACCGCCAGAUUGACCCGCCCCAGCAAAUGACGUGGUUGCUUUGGGAACUUUUUUCAUGCGAUUCACUAUCUCGCACCGAUGCACAAACGAGAACGCAGGCCUAGCUCGCGGUCGAUCGUGGGUAGUCCCAACAUGUUAUAACAGCGCCUCUCCACGCCUCCCGUGGGGUGCUCAGCUAGCUAUCUCUCCCUUCCUCUCUUCCUUCCCAAUCUCUUCCCGUGAAUCCAAUCCCCCAAAAGUCUUCCGUAAUGGCUCCUUCAGCUUUGGCGGAUAUCUAUCCAAUCCCAGCGAGGCACUACUCCAAAGCUACCACUGUCGUAGCGUCUGUCCUGCAUGGGCCAAGGGAUUUGCGGCUCGAAACUCGAACCAUCACAGACCCGGGGCCCCAUGAACUCCAGAUCGCUAUCAAAGCCACUGGCGUUUGCGGCAGCGACGUCUCUUACUAUAACAAGUUCCGCAAUGGCGAUCUCCAGGCCGUGCAGCCGUUAUCUUUGGGCCACGAGUCUGCGGGGAUUGUCGUCGCAGUCGGUGAAGCUGUGGCUGGCUUCCAGAUUGGCGAGCGCGUCGCAUUGGAAGUGGGUGUGCCGUGUGACAACUGUCGGUCAUGUCAGCGAGGUCGAUAUAACCUUUGCCCUGGCAUGAGGUUCCGAAGUAGCGCCAAGUCUGUGCCUCACUUCCAGGGCACGCUCCAGGAGCGCAUCAACCACCCUGCAAAAUGGUGCCACAAGCUCCCCUCUCACGUGUCGCUGGAGUCUGCUGCUCUGUUGGAGCCGCUCUCUGUCGCAAUCCAUGCGGCUCGGAGAGCGACAAUAGAGCAAGGCGACACCGCCAUUGUCUUCGGUGCGGGCACCGUUGGCUUGCUAGUUGCGGCGAUGGCUAAGUUGUCCGGCGCCACAACCGUGGUGAUUGCGGACAUCGAUAGCGGUCGCGUGAACUACGCUCUUGCAAACGGCUUUGCGCACAAGGGCUACAUUGUCACCCCGAGGAAACACCUGACAGAGACUGCGGAGAAGCUCGCGGUCGCGAAAGAUCUCGCCAGUGAUGUCAUCCAGAUUGCUUCUUUGAAUGAUCUUGACUUCGAAGGCGCUGACGUGACGUUCGACUGCACCGGAAAGGAGAUCUGUAUGCAGGCCGGACUCUAUGCGACAAGACCUGGUGGCAAGCUCGUCAUGGUCGGUAUGGGUACUCCAAUACAGACUCUCCCCAUGUCUGCCUCCCAUCUGAAAGAAGUCGACAUUGUGGGCAUCUUCCGCUACGCGAAUACAUAUCCCACCGGCAUCAAGAUCCUCUCCUCUGGCUACCUACCAAGUCUUGAUAACAUGGUCACCCAUCGGUUCAAGGGCCUUGCCGCAGCCAAAGAAGCUUUCGAACUGGCUGGAAAGACUGUCGACAAGGACGGCAAGCUCGUCCUAAAAGUCCUCGUGGAAGCUUAGGUCUUCCCCUAUUUGUUCUGUACGACACUCUGCUAAUGCUGGAUUUGGAUUUGGGUUCGCCGCUCUUUCCUUGCUUGAUAACGACGAGAUAGAUAAGAUUUAGAGGCACCAGGGAACAAAAACCGGUCGAGGGUGGCGUCUGGAAGCCCUUCUUGAGGAUUCUGUUUUUGGGAAUGAUGAGAGAUACCAAGUCGAGCCCGUUUCGGUAGUUUUCGGUUUUCCGGUACCGUUGGUUAGACUGGAGGAAUUCGGGAAAUUUGGAUACCUGGAAUUUUAUGGUGGACGCUAGUAUAGUAAUCGCUGAAGCAAUCAGUCUUUGAUUGAGCCUGUGUUGUAGUUGUGCGCUACCGCAGGUUGAUCGUCCAGGCGUCCACUUCGAGGUUGAGAGUCGCGGGGGACCUCAAGCAGCCCGUCUACCCUCGCACCAGUAUAUCCGCAAAUCAAGGGAAAAGGUAGAAGUAGCAGCUUAGGAAUUGAGAUCGGGCAGCGAAA